UUGAUGUUUCAUUGUCAUCUACAAUUACCCUCUAAAAAAAACUGAAUAAUCUCAAAGAUGGAUUCAGAAGGAGGAAGCAAGAAGCCACACGCUCUUCUGAUCCCAUUUCCAUCACAAGGUCACAUAAAUCCAUUUCUGAAACUAGCAAAGCUCCUCCACAGCAGAGGCUUCUACAUAACCUUUGUGAACUCUGAAUUCAAUCACCGACGCCUCCUAAAAUCUAGAGGCCCUGAUGCCCUCAAUGGCCUCUCAGAUUUCCACUUCGAGGCCAUUCCAGACGGUCUCCCUCCCACCGACAUGGAUGCAACUCAAAGCAUUCCAGCUUUGUGUGACUCCACCAGAAAGAAUUCUUUGCUGCCCUUAUGCAACCUUAUCUCAAAACUUAAUCACUCUCAUCAUACUCCUCCAGUAACUUUCCUUUUAUCAGAUGGCGUCAUGUCCUUCACUCUCAAAGCUUCUCAGCAAUUUGGGUUACCCAACAUAUUCUUUUGGACUCACAGUGCUUCUGGUGUCAUGAGCUACAAACAAUGCAAGAAUCUCAUGGAAAGAGGCCUCACACCACUUAAAGAUGCAAGCUAUUUGACUAAUGGGCAUCUAGACACUGUCAUAGACUGGAUACCUGGCAUGAAGGAUAUCACUCUGAGGUAUCUUCCUGACAUCUAUCGCACCACAGAUCCAAAUGAUAUACUUUUGGAUUUUGUGGUAGAACAGACCGAAGCGACUUCAAGAGCUUCGGCAGUUAUUCUUCCGACUUUUGAUGCCUUGGAGCAUGAUGUGCUGGAAGCACUCUCCACGAUGUUUCCUAAACUAUACACCAUAGGCCCUCUGGACUUGCUCCUUGAUCAGACUUCAGAGAGCAAAUUUGAUUCAAUUAAAUGUAAUUUGUGGAAGGAAGAUUCCGAGUGUCUCAAAUGGUUGGAUUCACAGCAACCCAAUUCCGUUCUCUAUGUGAACUUUGGUAGUGUGACAGUCAUGACGCACCAACAGCUUGUUGAGUUGGCCUGGGGGCUAUCAAAUAGCAAGAAAAAGUUUUUGUGGGUGAUUAGGUCUGAUUUAGUUAAGGGUGAGGCCCCAAUCUUGCCACCUGAAAUUGUUCGAGAAACCAAAGAUAGAGGUCUACUGGUGGGUUGGUGCCCACAGGAACAAGUUUUGAAGCACCCAGCAGUUGCAGGGUUUCUUACUCACUGUGGUUGGAGUUCCACUCUUGAAAGCUUAACAAGUGGGGUACCUUUGAUCUGUUGCCCCUUUUUCAAUGAUCAAAUUCUUAUUUGCAGGUACAUUUGUCGUGAGUGGGCUUUCGGUAUGGAGAUCGAUAGUGAUAAUGUUAACAGGGAUGAAGUGGAAAAGGCUGUAAACGAGUUAUUGGAGGGUGAGAAGGGUAAGGAGUUCAAGAAAAAUGCAAUUGAGUGGAAGAAAAAGGCACAAGAAGCUACCAGCACCGGUGGUUCAUCCUUUUUGAAUUUGGAAAAACUGGUUGAUGAACUCUUGCUUUUCAAGAGUUUGGCUGCAAGAAACUAAGUUGAGAUAUACUUAGUUUACAAGUUACUAAGUUGUUAUUUUUAUCAGAGAUAUUGUUUGUAAUGCUUUCUCCCAGAGAUGAUUUGAAUAAGUUGUUUCCCAGUUGUGUUAAUGUGGGAUUCAAUAUUAUGUCUUUCUGACGGAUGCUAUUCACUGUUUGAAUGCUCUACUUUUUCGAUGGGCAGACUAUUCUUGUUUGGACUAUCUCCAAAAAUUUACAAUGGUCUUGAUACCUUCCUUCAUAACCUCUU